AUGAGCCUUCCCGCACUUGAAAAAUACCACAAGGAGCCUUACCCUGGUAUUUCUCCUACUCGUCCCGAGCUCAGCCAGGCCAACAAGAAUGUGGUAGUGUCCGGCGGAAGCUCGGGCAUUGGCCUCGCCAUUGCCCGCGCCUUCAUACUCGCAGGUGCCAACCGUGUCAUCAUCCUUGGUCGCCGCCGCGAUGUUGCUGAGGCUGCAGCAGCCACUCUCAACAAUGAAUCAGGACGCGAGGCGGCCAAGGCCAUGGUUCUCGAUGCGCAUAGCACGUCGGAUGUCGAGUCCCUCUGGUCUAGUCUUGCGGCCGAAGGAAUUUACAUUGACGUGUUAGUCCUGAGCGCGGCCACCUGGGGGAGGAAGUCUCCCAUUCUCCAGAGCACGCUAGAAGAGACCUGGAGCGACUUCGAGGCCAAUGUGCGAUCGCCUCUGGCCAUGACUCUUGGCUUUUCUAAACAGAGCACUGGGAAAGGCAAAAAGUGGUCUUCCAAGUAUCUGGUCAAUGUCUCCACCAUCGCGACGUACAUGUGGACAACGAUGGGACCAGACCGUCCUACAUAUGGCCUGACGAAGAACGCCGGGACCGCCCUGUUUCAGCAAAUCGCCAAAGACACCAGCCCGGACGACAUGCAAGUCGUGAGCUACCAUCCUGGUGGCGUCUUGACUGAGUCGGCACGGAAGGAGGGUUACGCCGAUAGGGGAUUCAACUUUGACGAUGAAAAAUUGCCGGGCCAUUUUGCCGUAUGGGCAGCAAGCCCCGAAGCCGCUUUCUUACACGGCCGCUUUGUGUGGGCUAACUGGGACGUGCAAGAGUUGGGAACUGGUGUGGUUGGCAAGCGACUUCGGGAAGAUGAGCAUUUUCUCAAGGUCGGCAUCGAAGGACUCUCGGAAAAAGACGGAGGCGUGAGAUUCUGA